CUUGUGUCGAAGUAUACCCGUGCUCCUGUAGAGUUACAAUAUUACAAUCGUGAAACGUUACGGAGUAGCUUAUUCCGGUGUCUCAUUGUGUCACAAUUUAAUAAAAAUAAUUAUAAUUAACUUGGUUAAUAUAAAAUUAUUUGUUUUAUAAAAACAAUUUUAAUUAUUCAUCAACUCGUGAGCUCGAAUUACGCGAGGUUUAAAUUGUCGCUGCAGUGAUAGCUUGUGAUAGUUGUCUGAUUGAACAAAAAAAGAAAAAGAUAAAGAAAAUCCAAGUGCUGGAAGAUUGAGAGAGAAAAAAACAAGAAGACAGGAGAUAAAGAGGAAAAGAGAGUGUGUGACUAAAUCUCAGUUAAAAGGAUGGACAUCGACUUGGGCGAAAUGAACUGGACGUGGCGAUGACAAGUCUGAUAUUAGAGAACGCAGAUUUAAACCGACUAUUUCCGAAAUGCCGGCCUAGGGGCGGUCAUCCCCCGCAGUCGGGGGCAGGAUCGCAUCAUAAGACGACGAGCCAGCAGCCGCAUGACCGUCGUAGCAGUGUUUCAACGUGUAAGAAGCUGGAGCCGGUCACUACACCGUCGUCGUUGUCCUCGUCGUCGUCGACGAGCGUCGUAACAGGAGGAUCAGGAAGUGGGUUUCCUCAUAUCGACAUGAUUGACCUGGAGCACGACAACAACACCGACAGGUGUAGAAAACGAGCGACGAGUCGCAGGAAAAAAUCAGGUUCGCUGUCCCGUAGGACGGCAAGCAUAAUGCCGGGAUUCGAGGCCCAGAUCCAGUCCCAGUCCCACCAGCAGCAGCAACAACAGCAGCAGAUAUUGACGUCGCAUCAGCAGCACGGAAUGAUGACCACCACCAAACCAGUGUCUUCCAGCUCAUCGUCCUCAGCAUCAGGACGCAGUGAAGAUGCGCCGAACUACGGGAGUCUCGGCGGCAGUGAUCAUCAAGGACAGUCACAGCAGGAUGACAGCGGCCCUGAAGAAGGCCCUGUUUAUAUUUUAACUUCCGCCAAAGGCGACAGAAGUUACAAGUUACGGGAUUCCCGGAUUAUUGAGAUAGCUGGUGGAAGAGAAGUAUUCUCACAGAGCAGAGGUAAAGUUGCUGCGAGGAAGCCUCGUUUUCUUACCUCUUCAAAGUCCGUGCCUAAUGACGAGUCCACCGGAGACAAGUUGACGGUAAAGAAAAAUAGUAAAUCACCCAAUCGACAAAGUGUCUGGGAAUUAAGAAGCAGAUGUGGAGAAGCGAGGCGACAGCGAGCAAAUCGUGAAAUAACCGAAACAGUAUUUUCAUCCGAGGUCCAUUCAGUUCGUCGUAAUCCAACAAAAUCAAUUCUCGACUAUGACUCACCAAAGGCUGCACGUAGUAAUCGUAUUAUAAAUUAUGAUUCGGUAUUAAAUAGCAAUAAUGUAGAGUAUUCGGUGGCGAAAAGUAUAACAGAUAUUGAUUGUGGAUUACCAAAGAAUUGUAUUGACUAUCAAUCAAACCAUACGACACCCGCAAGAAGUAUGGCAAUUGUCAGUGACGGUGAGGUCGUUGUCUUUGAUGACAUUGAUGACAAUUGGCAGGGACUUAGAUUGGAUCUUGGUACAACAAAUAAUACCACCACAAACUCGCAAAUUAAUACUACGAGUUAUUUGAAUUCUGAUCAAGAUGACGUACAGCAGCAGCAGCAGCAGCAGCAACGUAGCAGUAGAAUUCCACCGGAACCACCUGGCUCAAGUGUCGGUAGUUCACCGAGCCCUACGUCAAUGUAUCCGAGAAAUACAUCAGACUUUUUCAAGGUGAUUACACCCGCGAGUGACUGCGAAGUUAAUUCACCAUCACCGGAACGAAAUCACAAAGUCGCAAGGGUCAUUGGAGAAUUACCAAUAGCUCAGUAUUCCGGUAGUCCACGUCGUUAUGGUGUACGUGAAAAUUCACGAUUACCAAAUAUAUUGUCAUCACCCUCGAUAUACAUGACACCAAGACCUGGAUUUCCACAAAGAAUUUUACCAACGACGCCAAACCAAAAAGAAAAGGAGACUGAUUAUUUGACGGCGAAAGAGGAACCGGUUGUUGAAGUGUUAGUUGAUACGACGACAAGUCCAACACCUGAGAAAAGCAACAGCAAUCUCAUAGUAACUUCACACUCGGUUGAAGAAAUAUCCACAUCACAGGAUCUGGUGACACAAUCAAAUGAGUCUAAAACACAACAGGAAGAGGAGGAGGAGGAAGAAGAUUUUCUCAAGCCGUCUUUUCUCAGUAGUGAUAAUUUAUCGAGUCUCGUUGCGCCCGGUGGCAGUACUUUCGACUAUUUGUAUGAAUUUUCUGAGACAAGAAAAGUACUGGAAGAGUUUUUCAAAUGCCCUGCGCCUACUGAGGAAAAAGAAAACAACGGCGAGUCGUUUCCGUUUCAGGAUUUGGACUACGAGUUACGGCGACAAGGCGGAAACUCAUAUGUUGGUCAGCGCCUAGCCAGCGGUUUACCAAAUACAGAAGAAGUUAUGGUACAUGAAUCACCAAAGAAACAGCGGGCGGACUUUCCUCCUUCUAUCGAGCAUGAGAACAAUUUCCUGGAUUUGUCCGUGGGCACUGGGAGCAGUGAAGAUCUUGGUGAAACUGAAGUAGGCCUACAGGUCGGGCAUUCACGUAAUUUUACCCUCAGUCCGGAAACGACAGACUGCGACAGUAAUUGCGGUGAUCUUGAUAGUGAAAUGUCACUAAUGAUGAUGGACAAUGAACUAUUACCGGCAAGCGGACUACUCGGGUCUGUUGGCGAUCUUGGUAACAAUUCAGACUCACUGAGAAUAUACACGAGCAUGCCGGUACUCGAGGACGGUCUGUCGAGUGGUCACGCGAGCGAUACUGACAACAAUAAUCCCACGGUGAUGUUAAUGAAACGUCAGAUAAAUGAAAUAGAGAAGGAAAUAAUACAGAGGACGAGAAACGAUAUGCUUGGUACUGAUAUCGAUAAUGAAAAAGACGUCAGCUUAAAUGUUACGAAAGACAUUCUUCAGACGUUGAAAGCAACUUCGCCGGAUUUAUUUAUAGCGCAGAAAGAAAAUUCUUACGAGACGAAUGAGUUGAAUUUAGACGGGUUAGAUCCAUUAGGCACUCCACCACCUCCCGCGCCCCAAGGCAGACAAAGUAUCAACUUGGAAAUCGGCGGUGAGGUUGAAGCAGCAAUAAAAGAUAUACGAAUGGCUCUGCAGAAAACAAAAACGCUGCCAGUAAAAUCGCCUUCGGAAGAGCCGCCCGAGCCGAGCGUCAGUCCCAUUUGGAUACCCAGUAUGUUGGAUGGUAGGCGGAGGAUUUGCACCGAGAGCAACAGCGAGGACUCAGAGGCGCGCCGAGUCGAGGAUGAGAAUGAAGUCGAGGUAGAGGAAGUCGUCGACGAGGAGGAAGCCGACACCGACUUGGAAACCGAUCGGCUCCUCGGCCAACAGAGAACUGACGACCAGGGGUUCUAUGAUGACAAGGGGUGGCGGAAGCCUAAAACUAGGACAAUGCUACCACCAAUGAGUACCAAAGUCGUAACACCAAAGCAAACCCCACCGAAAACAUUGAGUGUAGCUCCACUAGAAACGCUAACGCCACCCGAGCCCCUGCCCUCAACGUCGUCAUCCAUAUCCCCGCCUCCUAUUGUCACUGUAAUACAGUCGCCGACGUCUGAACGCGAGGCGACAUCGCCCACUACUCAAACCUCACCGAGUCCCCAGAAGAUCUCCCCGGUUAAAAAUUCUCCCUCGCCCACUCAAAGCCUCAAGGAGUCCAACGGCAAGGCAAAAAAGGAAAAAGAGGGAAAGAAGAAAAGCCGAAAUAAAGAAGGAUUACUGGAUGAUCCAUCAGUGCUUAUUGAGGGUGUACUGUUUCGUGCGCGAUAUCUCGGAUCAACGCAACUUGUUUGCGAGGGCCAACCGACUAAAUCCACGAGGAUGUGUCAAGCAGAAGAAGCCGUAUCUAGGAUAAAGGAUGUCCUCCCGGAUCCGGUGCCGAUGCAGUCGCUCUUAAACUAUGGGAGUGGCCAGCAUGGCUAUGGCCGUUGCAGCGUGGCCUCCCAGGGCAGCAUUGACGAGGAUGAAUGCGACUCGAGUGAAGAACUUAUAGGGAGUGUUGCCGGUGGGGGCCAGCAGCAGGUGGAGACCCAGCAAUUGGGAUCGUCAUCCCAGACCUCGUCCUCAGGAAAGCUGGCCCCGAUCGGCGGCUCGAUCGGUCCAACCACCGUUUUCAGACUUCAUUUUCUCGGUUCGGUCGAGGUGGAAGAGGAAGGGGGACGCAAACGCCGUAAGCGUCUUAAGAAGCACAUGGUUGAAGAAGCUGUCACUAAGAUAAAGGCAUUGGCGCCAGAUGGUGAAACCCAACCCAGUGCGGAGGUGGAUCUUUUUAUAUCAACAGAAAAAAUAAUGGUAUUAAACACAGAUCUAAAAGAGAUAAUGAUGGACCAUGCACUGAGAACAAUAUCAUAUAUCGCGGACAUCGGUGAUCUUGUGGUACUGAUGGCGCGAAGGCGUUUUGUACCUCAUGAAAUGGAAGAGGCUCCAAAGAUAAACAGAACACCAAAGAUGAUUUGCCACGUGUUUGAAAGCGAAGAAGCUCAAUUUAUAGCUCAGAGUAUCGGUCAAGCCUUUCAAGUUGCUUAUAUGGAGUUUCUCAAAGCUAAUGGCAUCGAGGACCACAGCUUCGUCAAGGAAAUGGACUACCAGGAGGUACUUAACUCCCAAGAGAUAUUCGGCGAUGAGUUGCAGAUGUUUGCUAAAAAAGAAAUGCAGAAGGAGGUGGUGGUACCAAAGGCUAAAGGGGAAAUUCUAGGUGUGGUGAUUGUUGAGUCUGGCUGGGGCUCGAUGCUACCAACAGUAGUGAUAGCAAAUCUUGCGCCAGCCGGAGCGGCGGCACGCUGCGGUCAGCUCAACAUCGGCGAUCAGAUAAUCGCUAUUAAUGGAGUAUCACUUGUAGGAUUACCACUAUCAACGUGCCAGACUUACAUUAAAAAUUCUAAAAAUCAGACAGUAGUUAAGCUUACGGUUGUGCCAUGCGCUCCAGUAGUUGAAGUGAAGAUUAAGAGGCCGGAUACUAAGUAUCAACUAGGAUUUAGUGUACAAAAUGGUGUAAUAUGUAGUUUACUGAGGGGCGGAAUUGCCGAGAGAGGUGGCGUGCGUGUGGGCCACAGAAUAAUUGAGAUUAACAAUCAGAGUGUUGUUGCUGUGCCACAUGAGAAAAUCGUUAAUCUCUUGGCUACGUCUGUUGGGGAGAUACUCAUGAAGACGAUGCCCACAUCUAUGUUUAGACUAUUGACCGGCCAGGAGUCUCCGGUGUACAUAUAAAGAGGAAAAUAUAAACUUCUAUAUAAAUAUAUAUUAUACUUAUAUAAAUGAAAAUAAAAAAAUUUGAGGAUAAUAAUGACAAAAGGAUGGGAGAGAAAAUGCUCUCAGUUGCCUGGUCGUUUUGUUAUGUAGUGCAAAAGACAAUACAACCGCCAUCCACUAUCGUAUAUUCUGUAUCUCCACCACCCGUAAAAGGCUUGCUCCAACCUGCUGAGAAUCACCUUUGUAUUCCAGUCAACCGGAACAUCUCUCUGUACUCAAGCUUAAAAAAAAGCUGAAAAAUAAAAAAAAGUAUUUACCUAA